UUGGGAACCCGGAAACGCGUAUCUUAUCUCAUGACGUGUUUGAUCGAGUUCGCAGGCGGCUGCUCGAGCGGCGUCAGAUAGCAGCAUGCUUCUAUCAACGCUUCGCUUUUAAACCGUGAAUUUGCCCACACACAAGUGUGAGCCGCCAUGGGCACCGUUUUUGCCGUCCUUCUGGUGUUUGUCGGAUGUUGUAGCAAUGUGGUGUCUCUGGAGCUGCUUGUAAGAGAGUUCCCCGGCUGCGGCAACAUCGUCACAUUUGCGCAGUUUGCGUUCAUCGCGUUGGAGGGAUUCGUCUUCGAAACGCGCUUGGGCACCAAGAAGCCCGUCAUCCCCAUCAGCAACUACGGGAUCAUGGUGACCAUGUUCUUCACGGUCAGCGUGAUCAACAACUACGCCCUCAACUUCAACAUCGCCAUGCCGCUCCACAUGAUCUUCAGAUCGGGGUCUCUCAUCGCCAACAUGAUCCUGGGUAUCGUCAUCCUGAAGAAAAGGUAUUCGGUCAGCAAAUAUUUGUCCAUCGCUUUAGUUUCCGCCGGCAUCUUCAUCUGCACCGUCAUGUCGGCCAAGCAAGUCAAUGUGGCCAACGAGGGCUCGGAGGAGGACGGCUUUUACGCCUUCGUGCGCUGGCUUGUCGGAAUCGCCAUGUUGACCUUUGCCCUGCUCAUGUCGGCACGGAUGGGAAUUUUCCAGGAGACGCUGUACAAGCGGUACGGAAAACACUCCAAAGAGGCUCUUUUUUAUAACCACUUCCUGCCUCUGCCGGCCUUCCUGCUCCUCUCCUCGGACAUCUACAGCCACUGCGUCCACUUCAGUCACAGCACUCCGGCGCUCGUUCCUGUCAUCCAACUGAACGUUCCAAUUAUGUGGCUGUACCUGCUCGCCAACGUCAUCACGCAGUACGUGUGCAUCCGCGGCGUGUUCAUCCUGACCACCGAGUGCGCCUCGCUCACCGUCACCCUGGUGGUGACCCUGAGGAAGUUCCUCAGCCUCAUCUUCUCCAUCGUGUACUUCCAAAACCCCUUCACGGCGUGGCACUGGGCGGGCACGGCCGUGGUGUUCAUGGGCACGCUGCUCUACACCGAGGUGUUGAGCCGCGUGACGGCGGCGAGGAAGAAGGCCGAGUGACAACGGCGGUUAUGGACAUUUUUAGAUUUUAUACCUGGGCACUUUUCACAUCUGUUUACUCUUUUAAAACCAGUGCUGGGAAGUAACCAAUUACAAAUACUUUUACUGUACUUAAGUAGACCUUUCAGAUAUCUGUACUUUACGUGAGUAUUUAUUUUUCGGACCACUAUUUACUUUUACUCUCUACAUUUGAAAACAGAUGUGUAUUUUCUACCCCUCACUAUUAUCAAAAUAGGCUUGUUACUUUUUUCCCCCCACAACAUUAGCAAAGCUAUGGGAUCACAUUUUUGGUUUGAU